AUACUCAGUGUUGGAAGCCUUAGGCGCUGGGGCUUUGUCCAUCCCAGGUUGCAGACGGCCAGAACACGUCUCCGGAGUCAAGGUUAAGAUUCAAGCCAAGCUCAAAUAGGUCUUAACGGGCAUGUCUUUGGUCCAUUCGUUAUACAUGAUACGAGAAUCCUACGUUCCCUCAUGCACUGCCUACAGGGUGGUCCGCAGUCGGUUUGGUUCUAGACUCGUAACCAGUUUGGACUGCGUCUUUGAGAUAUAAGAGUGUCGACGUCACCGCCCACUCGACUUGCCUUUUGACCACGUUCGUCCUUCGAAAAGAAGCCAGACGCUUUUUCAGCCUACCAUCGCUACCGGUUCUACCAUCAUGCGUUCCUUCACCGCUAUCCUUUUGGCCACUAUCACAUCAACUUUUGCCUACCAGAUCAUCUCUCCUGGUGGUUCUCAGGGUUGGACGACUGCUGGUCCCAACUCCCUGACGUGGGUGCGCGCUGCCACCGACCCAUUGAACUUCACGGUGAUGUUGAUCAACCAGAACCAGACCGCCCUGCCCCAGGGCUCUGAGAUCCUCGACACGUAUAUUAACGGCACUCUGGGCCAGACCGUGUGCAGCACUCCAAGCGGAGGCUGGCCUCAGGGCUAUGCCUUCCAAGUCAGCCUUGUCGAUGCUGAAGAUAUCAACACUGUGCUCACUCAGUCCGACACAUUCAACAUCACGGCGUCAAUUGCUUCAGGAGGCUUUAGCACAAUAUCUGGCACUUCCUCUACUUCCCAAGUGACCACAUCGGCGUCGUCCACCAGUUCAAGUACCAGCACCACCAGCACUACCCCCACUAGUAUUAACGCAGCCGUCGUUGGAAUGAAUGUGGAGACGGGCUUCCUGACCGCCAUUGCAGCCAUGGCUGCUUUUAUCAUCAGUCAUUUCUGAACAUUUGCGUUAACUUAUACUCAGAUUUUAUUUUAUUUUCGCGAAGUGGAUAUUUCUGGUUUGUGUAAUGGUUAUGGCGAUACAGACAUUGCUUAUAUUUUCCUUACACUCUUUCACUUGGAUUGAGCUGAACUGACAUCGAUACAACCGAAGACAAGACUAAGAGGUUCAAAAGAGGUCAGAACAAAAGGUAGCAGUAUCUCUAUCCUGAUACUAUAUCUGCCUACAGCUCGCC